UAUCCGAUAUCUUUUAUUGUUAGUGUUUGGAACAUGCGUCUCUCAGAUGUAUUCAUUUCAACGAGAGAAUGAGCUCCGGACACUUCUCUUUGAGAACCAAUCCUACAACAUGUUUUCACGUCCCAGUGCUACUGUAGAUGUACAAGUUUCAUUAAACAUCAUCAAUUUCAACGACUUGAAUAUAAAAGAACAGCAGCUGACGACGACAGCUUACUUUUUACUGACGUGGCGGGAUGACCGCCUUUUCUGGGAUAAUAUACAUCCAUAUCGAUCAGAUGUAACUAUUCUAUUCACUUCCGAGGAAUAUGUUUGGCAUCCAUCCGUUGUCGUAGAUAAUUCAAUUAGCGACAUAUCGGCCAUGAGCGAUAGCGGCAGUCCUAUAGCGAUUAGCACCAAAGGAAUUCUAACCUGGAGGAUUUCAGGGAUAUUCGAUACCUACUGUGAUAUAGAUACAUUGCUUUAUCCAUUUGAUACACAGACAUGUUCAAUAAGCAUGACAUCAUUGGCGUACAGCUUGAAAGAAGUGGAUCUCGCCUUCCGCGACACGCCUGUCGAUGCACAAGAUUUACAUGCAAAUGGAGAAUGGAUUUAUAUAGGCUUCAGAACGUCUAGGAACCUAGUAUCCAGGGAGGUUUUGACAUAUUCUGCAUUGACGUUUGGUUUCCAGUUGAAGCGUAGACCGCUUUACCAUAUAUUAAAUACAUUAGUCCCUACGAUAUCACUAGCAUUUUUGACCUGCAUGGUGUUCAAGCUUCCUGUCGACUCCGGUGAAAAGAUUGGCUACAGUCUGACUGUCGUCCUGUCCUAUGCCGUAUACUUGACGCUAGUAGCCGACAACAUCCCUUCGUCUUCUACGACAGUCUCCGUUCUAUCAAUUUACAUCAUCAGUACCCUCAUCCUUGGAAUGUUGUCUGUAGUUUUGACAAUCAUCGUCAUUCGUUGUCACCAUUCCGAAGAAGACAAACCAGUUCCAAACAUCCUCCAGCAAGUUUGUAGGACAAAGUUAAAGGAAAUGUUCUGCGAAAGGAAGAACCAUCGACAAAUCUCAGAUGCUGCGGACGCAACUCCUAAAGCGGAAGCAGAUAGGCCUUCGAGUGUGACUGUUUCAACAGAAGACAUGACCUGGCAGGACGCAGCACGCGCACUAGAUCACUUUUUCUUUCGGUUGUACUUUGUAAUUGUAUUUUUGGGAACAUUCUCUCUAGUAAUCACGCUUACUGUUGCUUCAUAGAAGAUGCUUUAUGUUAUCGACACAUGCUCAGUAGGGAUAGGAAUAAGACAUAGUAACUUCUCGGUCGAUCGUCACUGUGAUUUACUGACAUUUACGGGUCAAACAAAUGAUCCUUUUGUGUGUUAUAGAUACUUUUGAGCAUGACGGCAUGAUUAUUCUUCAGGUUUGUUUGUUUGUAUGGCUUGUUAUUGUUCCCUGCUGCAUCCUACGACAGAGUAGCGCUAUAGAAGAAACUAUCAACAUCUACAGCAAAUAAUUGAUGAUUUUGACACGUCCAGACAUUUCGGUAUAUUACAUUACUAUUUCCUGGAAAGAUGAGGGUAUUUGUUCGUUUUAAACUUCAACAUUACUUUUCAAAAAUAAUGUCCUUUCAAUAAACUAGGUUACAGACGAAAAACAAGCACGUUUGAGAGAUUUAAAAAAAGUCAUAUAGUAAUCAUUUUGGUUGAAGGCCUAGGGGUACUCGUGUGCAUUUUCUUGCAAUUGAAAUACAGAUGUUAACUGGACGUGUUAACACCAUACAUGUCGGUAUGGAAGGCAGGAACGAUACUAAAGCAUAAAUUGCGUAAACCAGUCAUACCGUAAAUCCGGAUUAUACAUGAACCGGUUUAACCAGGUUAUAUUAUAAAUCCAUAAUUUAUAGGGACCGGCUUUACCAGAACAUACUGUAAAUUUGGAUUAUACAGGGACCGGCGUUAGCAGUCAUACCAUUAAUCCGGAUUAUAAAGGGACCGAAUUAGCCAGGAAAUACUGUAUUGGGAUUUGAACAGUUUGUCUGAAAUUGCUACUGUUUGCCAUAUUUCAUUAUCACGGCCCUAAGGUUACUGACAAUCAGCACGGUAUCCUUUCAUUUUAUCUUUAAUGCGAGUUCCAUGUUUAUCGUUUUUUCAGGAUUUUUGUGUCUGAUUUUAGCUAAGAAUUUAUUUCAUUAUAUACUACAUUUAUAUAUAACAUGAAUGUCUAGUUAAAACGAGUCAGUAGUGAAAUAACAUUAGAAAGCAUUUUUCUUAUGUUAAAUGUUUUUAUUGUAGCAAAAGUAUAUAAUAUCUUAACAUUCAGUAACAGUUAGUUUUCUGUAACAUAUUCAUUCAGCAAUAUAUACAAUGUUCACACGUAAAAAGCAAAAAUUAAGGUUCAGAAAAUAUUACAGUUUACUACAGUCAUCUGUUAAUUGUCAUAUAAACCUUUUUUGAUGACAUUUAGAAUAAGGCACAAAAA